UGGUGAAAAUAAAUGUUUGUUCUAUUAAAAAAAAAUUUCGUAGAUGAGAAUGUAUUUAUCCUAAAAUUAUCCAUAUUUUAUAAAACAUUUGCAGAAUGCGUCACAUACCGCUCGCGUACAUAAAUUCGAGUGUAUGAAUGUGUGUGUGCGCCUCAUAUCACCGCUUCUACUAUCAAUUGGCUUGACUUCACAAUACGAUUUGUAUGCUAGAAUUUUUAGUUGUAAAUAGCAUGAGAUGCCGACAAAAUGUAUGACGAACGUACAAAAAUGUGUUUCAAUAUUUCUUCAUCCACUGUUUAUUUAUUUAUUAAUGAAUUUUCGGCAAAAUGCCGGAUAGAUUUAAAGUAAGCAAAGCAAAAGAAGAUGCAAAUAUAUAUCAGGAAGAUGAAGCGCAAUCGGACAAGUUACUUAAUGACACAAAUUACUUAGAUGCUGAAAGCCAAAAAAAUCAUGAAAACAACGAUAAAUCGAAAAUUGAUCCUAAUUUAUAUUUAUAUGAGGAUGAGUUAGAAACAAGACCGCAUAUAUCUAAAUUUAUUUCAUCUUUAGCUAACUAUGAAAAUACGAUACCUGCGGCGGCGGAUCCAGAUGCUAAAACACCAGCACCAUCAGCUCGUAUGGGCACGCUGAUUGGUGUAUUUUUACCGUGUAUACAAAAUAUAUUUGGUGUAAUACUUUUUAUCCGUUUAACAUGGGUUGUAGGAACUGCCGGAGCUGUAUGUGGAUUUCUGAUCGUGUUGACCUGUUGUUGUGUUACAAUGUUGACUGCAAUUUCCAUGUCUGCCAUAGCGACAAAUGGUGUGGUGCCGGCGGGAGGGAGUUAUUUUAUGAUUUCAAGAUCUCUUGGUCCAGAAUUUGGUGGAGCUGUUGGAAUGCUAUUCUAUACAGGGACAACAUUAGCCGCAGCUAUGUAUAUCGUAGGUGCUGUAGAAAUUGUUCUGACAUAUAUGGCACCGUGGGCUUCCAUAUUUGGAGACUUCACAAAAGACGCAGAAGCUAUGUAUAAUAACUUUAGAGUUUAUGGCACCAUUUUGCUUUUGUUUAUGGGCUUAAUUGUAUUCUUGGGUGUGCGCUUUGUAAAUAAAUUUGCAGCAGUAGCACUGGCUUGUGUAAUACUGUCAAUUGUGGCUGUUUACGUCGGUAUAUUUGAUAAUAUACAUGGUAAUGAAAAACUUUAUUUAUGUGUUCUUGGUAAAAGGCUGCUGAAGGAUAUACCAAUAGAAAAUUGCACCAAAGAUGAUUCAUUCCUCUAUGAUAUGUUCUGCCCUAAAGAUAAAUGCGACGAAUAUUAUUUAAAUAAUAAUGUUACACAAGUAAAGGGUAUUAAAGGACUCGCAAGUGGAGUGUUCUAUGAUAACCUAAUGCCUUCAUUUCUUGAAGUAAGUGAAGCAAUUUUAAAAAUUUUGUAG